GUUUCAACAUUGUGUACCGUUUAUUAGACGUUUUUCUUGGAGAAAAAUACACUGGUUGUGAAGGGAACAGAUGCAAUAUAUCUUUACGGAUAAGUUACAGAAAUCAAAGUGUCUCCAAUUGGGAUGUGACCUUUGGAGAUGAGAUGAAUUACUGUUUUCGUGGUCUUGAAAAUACACAAAAUAACACACUACAUAUCGUUAGCAAUCUCCCAGCAGAAGACACUGCGCCUUUAGAUAUAAAGCUAGAAAUACACCCGGUAAAUGAGAAUAGGAAAAAAGUUCUCACAUUUAAUAUUCCAGUUAUAAACUUCACGAAAAAUUCAGUAGUUGGUAAUAGUUACAGACAUUUUCAUGCAGCGGAAAUAGAGAGACGUGAUAAAUUGACGGGAGUUGGUUUUAAAAUUGGAUUGUUUGUUUGGUGUUCUACUGGUUAUACGGGAAAACGCUGUGAAGAAAAAUGCAACAGUACAGAACUUGAUUGCAAUUACGAAAAAUGCCAAAGUGGAGAAAAGAACAAAUAUGCUCACACUAUACACUGUGCACAAGGAAUGUGUAAUGACAGCACAAAGUUGUGCGACUGUGAUCCCGGUUAUAUUGGUCCUGUAUGCAAAACACAUUUAGACUACUGCAAAUUUGGCUGGGCGGAAAAUCCAUGUCUAAACGGAAAGUGUACAAACCAUGCCAAUGGUUUUACUUGUGAGUGUUCUCGGCAUUAUACUGGAAAAUUUUGUGAAAUAAGAUUAAUGACACAUGCAAACACAAGCAGGUCUAAACGAGAAGUAUUUAACGGAAGCAUCAUAUUACCUGCAAAGUCAGCUUCAAACAGAGCAAAGAAUGUUACAAAACAAUGUCCCUUUUCAAACAGCUGUGGCAAUGGAACUUCUUUUGUCUUUAAAGACACUUUGAAAUGCAUAUGUGAUUUCGGAUUCACAGGUGCUAAAUGCAAGGAAGUAGACCAUUGUGCGUCAAAACCCUGUUUGUAUGGCGGGCUUUGUCAGAACAUGGAAAAUACCUUUUCGUGUAAAUGUCAGAAUGGCUUUCGUGGCAUUAAAUGUGGCAUGGUUAAUGAAUGUGAAGACAGUUUUUGCCAAAACAAUUCAACAUGCAUGAAUAUUACAUCAAGUAAUAUUAAAUGUAUUUGCAAGAAAGGCUUUACGGGGAAAUUUUGUCAGGUCAAGACUUUUUGUGAAACUAAAACUUGCACGAACGAAACAAAAUGCAACGAUCACGACACUGCUACACAAACAUGCUUCACACCAAAGACAACCAAUCAUUCUAUGCAAAAAUUAUUUGUAAAACUUCUACCGGCACUUAGACCAGAAGGGAUAGAUGAGGAUAACAUAACGGAUAGCGUAAAGAUGUUGCUGGAAAACAUUACACAAAAUUGUGGAAACGUCAGAGUUAUGUUUGAUGUCUUUUCCUUUGCAAAUGGAUCUAGUAAUAUCUAUAUCGGAGUUCUUUGUGAUGGUAAGCUGUUGUCGGCAACACUUAUUGGACACCAGUUUAAACAUUUCCAUACGAACGAAAUCAUCAACAUUCUUCAUUUUGUACCAAAGAACAACGAAAACAGUCCUGCAGCUGAUGUCGGACAUACAUGGAUAGAAGAUAACUGGAUCAUUUUGAUAGGUAUAUUAGUGGCUGUUGUAGCAGUUCUAAUUGGACUUGUCAAGUCAUUACAUAUUAUAUACGGGAUAAGACCAGACAGAAGAGUAAAAAGAAAGGUAACCACAAUUAGGAAAAGAAACAAUUACAUCGAUGUCUUUGAAAAAGGUACAACAAAUCUACAGAAUACAGAUGAAACAAAUAAACCCCAUAUCUACUCAAGUGGUUUAGGAUCAAGUUAUGUCAUUUAUAGUCCGAGCGGCCGCCAAGAUAAUUUGCAACAGGACAAAAGUAAUGGGUACACUUCCUCAGUAUAUAACGUUUCUGCUAAACCAUCAUUGUCUAAUGAUGCCAAGUUUAUAAAUGCUUCUCAGCGAGAACAUGGUACUGAAGCUGUACAUGAUGAAGAACUACGUGGGCCUCAUUACGAAGCAAGGUUUCCAUCUCCUCUUUUGGAUAGCGAACAGAACUACCGCAACAGUUACAUAGACUCGAAAAUGGCUUUCUUGGCCAGAAAUCCGAUACGGAUUAAGCAGUGACAAUUGGUAAAACCAGCUUGCUUCGUGUAUACUUGUCAUGUAUGACGCAUAUGUAUUUUCUAUUAGGCUUAUUGUAUAAUUAUGUUACCAUUUCUUACCAUUUUAUCACUAUACUGCAGUAAUGUCAUUUUACUCAUCAGUACCAGUGUUGUUACUUUUCACUUAUAUUUUUUGUUCCCACUGCUCCCGAGGAUCUUCUUUUUCCUUACCAGUUGUAUUUAUAUUACUUCUUUUACAAUGACUUUUAUCAUGCUGAAGGGUUCAAACUCAAUGUGCGAUCAAAUGUAUCUUGAAUGUAGAAACUUAUACUUAGUUUUUAUAGCGCAUCAUUUUAUUGUAAUUGUAUUUACAUGCUAAAACAUUUGAACAGUAAAUUAUAUUAUAAACAUCACUGUUCGUUUGCUAGUUAAGUUCAAAGGCACACUGGCUUUAAUGACAACACCUAAGAGAAAUCUUAAUAAACAGUAAAAGAGAUAUUUGAGCAGAACUUGCUAAAUCAAACGGCAAAUCAAAAUGUGGCCAUGAAAGGUUUGAAAUAUCUUGCAAAUGACAGUAAAAUAAAGAAAGAAAAUGAAGGGGUAAAGCACCUGAUAUAGUUGCAUUCUCGUUUAAAUGUGAUAAAUGACAUCAAACGAAGUCGUCAGAGAUAGACGGUGACAAAGCUGAAAUUAUGAAACGCUUACGAUAGUCUAAGGUCCAAAUUGUUUGCUAUUUCUGAGAUCAGAAAAGAAAGUAGUUUCCAAAUACAAACUCAGGUAUAGAUUUUAAAUGUUUAUUUUUCUUAUUAACAAAAUACAUCUAUUAGCACAGAAAACAACUAUAAUUUUUACAGCUAUAAAUCUUACAUAAAAAUAAAUAUGAAAGAAUUAAGUAACCAAUACAUGUAUAAAAACAAUGUAUGUAUUAAGCUUUGGUACAUAGUUUCAAGGAAUUGAAUUGUAUGGCUUAUAAACUUGUUAAUAUAUCACAAUUAUAUAAAUCACAAUUAUCAUUGGUAAAUAAAAGAAUACCUUAAUAGGAUAAUUGAAAUACACAAAAUGUAUCUUUUAAAUACAUCGGACUCAACUCGAGAAUUUAACUUGAAUCAGCAGAAAGUGAAAAACGAUUAUGGACAAAAUGCAUUCAAUAAAAACUGUGUGAUGAACACUUGUUGUAAAGAGAACAUGAACGACCAAAUGUUAGGUAGAUCAAAUUGAACACUAGUAAAACGAGGUUGGGUAGGUAUUCUUAUAUCAAUUAUGCCAGCAGCUACACUUGCAUGUUUGCCAACCAUAAAGAAGCAAUCCAAUAUGCCAAUAUAAUAGAAAAACAGAAUCCCUAAAGAGCGCCCAAAUCGGCAAAACUAAUAAUGUUGCAGGCUCGGCUUCAUUGACCCUGCUCAUAAAUGAGUGUAGCAUGACCGGACAACAUUUUCAUUAGUUGCAAGACUUAAUGGUGGAAAAUAUUAUGCCCAAUA